CUCCAGGGCCUUGUUGGCCCAUUCCACCUGCAGCUGCUGAGGUGCCGCUGGAGGUGCUGCUUGCUCUGUACACUAACACUGCCCGCCCGUGCUGAGGGAGGUGACCGCUCUACAUACCUCUAAGAUUGUAGCUACCUACCUAUCACGGCCCCACCCCCGACACUUGAACACACUACGCAACUGACCCGACCCGGCUUCAACAACUCGACGGCGCCGGAUAUAUACGAGGAAUCACAGUCAACAUGCUCCUGCUCGACUACCAGAACGUCCUGAUUCAGGCGGUGCUCACCGAGCGUUUCGCUCCUGGAGCUUCCCCCGUCAACAUCGACCAGACUGUCUCCGACUUUGACGGCGUCGUCUUCCACAUCUCCACCCCCGAAUCCAAGACCAAGAUUCUCGUCUCUCUCCAAAUUCGAUGCUUCCAGGAUCUCGUUCGCUACGGCGCUGAGCAGGUCCUCAACCGCGAAUAUGCCGAUCUCGUUGUCCCUCCCGAGGCCGGCUAUGACUUUUCCAUCCAGGUCGACCUCGAGAACCUCCCCGCCGAACAGGAGGCCCGCGAUGCCCUUGUCAUGAAGAUUGCCUUGUUGAAGCGCAAUGCCAUGGCCGCGCCCUUCGAGCAGGCCUACCAGGAACACUACGCCCUAAAGGAGGAAGCGUCCAAGUUUACAUCCGAGGAGGCGCCACAGGGUGUCCGUGAGGGUGGAGAGGUCAAGGCUAUUCACUACCGAGAAGAGGAGGCUAUCUACGUCAAGGCCAGCCACGAUCGUGUGACCGUCAUAUUCAGUACCAUUUUUAGGGAAGAAACGGACAGAGUAUUCGGCAAGGUCUUCAUCCAGGAAUUCGUCGAUGCCCGGCGCAGAGCCAUCCAGAACGCCCCCCAGGUCCUGUUCCGCAACGACCCUCCUCUCGAGCUUCAGAAUGUUCCGGGGGUGAAGAAUACUGGUACAGGCGAGAUUGGUUAUGUCACUUUUGUCCUGUUCCCUCGCCAUCUCACUCCUCAGCGGAUGCCCGAUGUUAUCUCCCAUAUCCAGACCUUCCGCGACUACUUCCACUAUCACAUCAAGGCCUCCAAGGCGUAUAUCCACUCGCGUAUGCGCAAACGCACCGCCGACUUCCUCCAGGUUCUCCGGAGAGCCAGGCCCGAUACCGAAGAAAAGGAGAAGAAGACAGCAAGCGGAAGGACAUUCAAGGCUGGCGCUUAAGGACUAGAAAUUUCCUAUAACCGCCACCGCCCUCAAUGCGACCAUGGCUUCGACUUAUACUUUGGGUUCUCCUCCGGCUUGCCCUCCCACGGAAACUCGAUUUCCUCCGGAUUCAAAUACCAACUCGGAUCGCCCUCUGUCUGCGUCAAACUCCAUCCAUUCCCCAACCACCUCAGCCCAUUCCCACUUUUGUCAGCACCCUCAUACAUCCAGUCCUCCCACCUCGGGCUCCUCAGCGUCUCAACAGCAUGCUGCGUCGACCCGGGCCACAGCGCCACGAUCCUGUUUCCCGUCCCACCCUCCGACCGAUACCAACUCUUGCACUUAUCCAGGUACACCGUAUCCUUAAAGUAGGCAUCCACAAAGGCCACAAAGUCCCGCACUCGUUCCGGCUUGGGCUCCAUGGACGCGUAAUCCUCCUUUUGUAAUUUGCGGAUUACCGAGACGAUGUAGUCUACCUGCGCCUCCAGGAUCCGAUUCAGGCUGCCGAACCCGAUGGUCGUAUUUGGGCCGAACAGCAUCAGAUAGUUGGGGAAUCCGUCGACGGCUAGACCGAGGUAGCUAUCGGGGUGUUGGGACCAGCGGGAGGCGAGGGUAAGUCCGCGCCGGCCGAUGAUGGGGAAGGGUGGGGAGGUGCAGGCUUGGAAGCCGGUGGCAAAGACAAUUACGUCGGCGUCGAUUAUCUGUUUCUUUCCUUCCACAGUGGCGAGCGCGAUGCCGGAGGAGGUAAUGUGUGAGAUGGGGUCGUGAAUUGCUGUCACGUUGGGUUGUUGGAGGGCUUCAAGGUAGCCCCUUCCUGGAGUGAGGCGCCGGCAGCCAGGGGCGAAGGCCGGGAUGAUCUUGGCUAGCAGGUCGGGACGAGCCGACAGCUUGGAUUCCAUGUCCGCUUUGAAGAAAGCUUGUCCC